UAGAUGGCAGCAGUGAAGCGACGUUUUGCUUUUAAUCUCGAGCGCCCGGUUGCUGCGUGGACCGCAAUGGCAGCCUCCUGUCCCAACGCGGUGCGCGUCCGCCUUUACUUUGAUUAUCCGCCUCCGGCCGUGUCGGACUGCCGUAUGUGCUGGGUACUCGUGGACUUAAACAAAUGCCGCGUCGUGGCGGAUCUGGCGAGUAUCAUAAGGGACAAGUUUGACUUCAGUCGGCGGGCUGUCUUAAACCUGUUCAUUGAAGACUGUUACUUGCCUCCCGCGGAGAGCGUUUAUGUAGUGCGUGACAACGACAGCAUCAGAGUGAAGGUGGAUGUUCUGCCACAAGCGAAUGGCUGUGAAUUCAGCAGCGAUGCGGAGGAGACUCCGAAGGCCAAGAAAAGGGGGAGAGACGGUGAGGAGGAGUCUGAAGAUGAUGAGGAGCGUGCUGUGAAGAAGAGAAAGAAAUCUGCCAAGAGCCAGGAGACUCAGGAGAUGAGGGUCGCCUUGGCAGAGGAAGAGAUGGCAACGAAGAAGAAGAAGAAGAAGAGGAGAAAGAAAAAGAUGAAACCCCAGACAGAAGGGCACGGGGGCCCGAUGACACGUCUGGAAGACGAACCUGAGGCCCCCACCUUGAAGGAGGUCCUACCACCAACUGCCUCCACCAACUGCAAGGUAGUGCUUCAGAAACUGGUCUCUAGCUCCUCAGAGAGCAGCGAUGAAGAGGAAGCCCCAAAAACAGUCGUCCCUGUGAGGGCCCCGGUGAAGACGGUCAGCCAAGUCCCGGCAAAGACGGAUAAGCUAAAAAAGUUUCCGUGUGAUUCUUUCUCUGACUCGUCUGGUACUGCGGCGCCAAGCAGAAAGCCGUCCCUGCAGGCUACCCCUGGCCCCGCCCCUGUCUGUAGUCCCGCCUCCAGCUCCACCCGUAAGCUCCGCCCACGCCCUUUGGUUCCAGGCUCCACUAGCAUCACAAGGAAGCCGGCAGACAGCUCCAGCUCAGAUAGCAGCAGUGAGACCGAGUUGGUCAUCAAGCAUCCACCUCCCGUAAUGCAAGGAAUCCUUGGCGCAGUAUCCCGGGGUAGGGGUGGGCCCCCGGCUAGGGGUGGGCCCCCGGGUGUGGGGAGGGGGAACCCGCCACACAGAGACAGCGGUCCCAGAGGUGGAGGCAGAGGGGGACGCGGACAGAGGGGGCCAUGGAGGGCUGAAGGACAAAAUAACUUUUAUGACAAGCGAAAUGGGACGCGAGAGCAGCACCUGGAGGAGACCCUGACAAACCGGGCCGUGGUUCUGCAGAGCCCCCCAGCUGCUGUCCCUCCCCGAGACUACGCCACGAUGCCCCUGCUGGCCGCACCCCCAGCCGUGGGACAGACAAUCGCCUUCAAGCUGCUGGAGCUGACAGAGAGCUACACACCCGAGGUGUCUGAUUACAAGGAAGGGAAGAUCGUUGGUUUCGACCAGAGUACCAACCAGGUACAUGUGCAGCUGCUGUCUUCAGUCGCAGCUCCCACUGGGCCGGGGAAGUUUGACCUGGUUUACCAGGCGCCCGACGGUUCUGAGGUCAUCGAGUCCGCGCUCUCUUAUGGCUCCCAGCUGACAGAGCGGUGGGAGUCUCUCCUGGAGCCCAGGCUUGUGGUGGAGAACGUUGGCUGAGGGCCCGCAGGUGUCCGGGCAAACCGGAGCGUGUAAAGGAGACAAGCGUUUGUCAGAUGAAAAGAAAGACCAUUCCGUACUCAGGGCACAGUGAUGGACAGACUCCAGAAAUGUAUUUUAAAAUCUUUUUUUCUUUUAGUGAAAUAAAAUAAAGCCUUCAGUGUCGCAGA